AUGUCGGAUCCACUCUACAUAUUUAAUAAGUCUCAAUCCGAGAUAGUAGUUGAAUCUUUGUUAGCUCCAAGCAAUUUCAGAUCUUCAAUGCCCACUCAGCAACUCCAAUCCUUGAGAGUCUUUGUGGCGACAUGGAACGUGGGAGGAAAAUCUCCUCACUCUGGUCUUGAUCUCGACGCUUUGCUUCAUGUCCACAGUGAAUACGAUAUAUACGUUUUAGGUUUUCAGGAGAUUGUUCCAUUGAAUGCUGGAAAUGUUCUUGUGCUUGGAGACAACGAGCCAGCUGCGAAAUGGCUAGCGAUGAUCAAUCAGUCCUUGAACAAAUCAUCACCAUCAUCAUCAUCAUCAUCAGGUGGACGGCUUGGCCCCAAAACACCAUCUUUUGGCGCUGGAUCGAUGUUCUUUGCGAAACCUUCUUUGAAGAAGAUCAGUGAGAGUUUCAGAACAGAUUGCAGGAGAAAGCUGAAGAUCUGUAACUGCAGCUCUUUCUCUGAAGAGAUUGCCAAAAAGUAUGGGAGAGAAUCUUGUUUCAGGUGUCCAGAAUCUCUGGUCAACCAAACCGGUUUACUUUCUGAUGAUGACGAAGAAGAAGAAGAUGAAGAUGAAGAUGAUGAUGACGAGGAUGGGGGAGGAAAUGUUGCUUCACUUGUAAGCAACCAGAUGAUGAUGAAGUAUGGUUUAGUGGCAUCAAAGCAAAUGGUGGGAAUAUUCCUCACUGUGUGGAUGAGAAAGGAGCUUAUUCAACAUGUUACUCAUCUCAGAAUCUCCUCUGUCACCCGCGGAAUCAUGGGUUGCUUAGGAAACAAGGGAUGCAUAGCUGUGAGUUUGCAGCUGUACAAGACGAGCUUCUGCUUCAUUUGCAGCCAUCUAGCUUCUGGCGAGAGAGAAGGAGACGAACGUCGCAGAAACUCAGAUGUAAUCGAGAUUCUCAAGAACACAACUUUCCCCAGAAUAUGUAGAACGUCUUUCACCCGUGUUCCCGAUCGUAUCACUAAGCACGAUCGGGUCAUCUGGCUAGGAGAUUUAAACUACAGAAUAGCUUUGAGUUACUCAGAGACAAAGACGCUCUUGGAUAAAAACGCUUGGGACACUCUUCUCAACAAAGAUCAGCUCAAGAUUGAAAGAGACGCGGGACGAGUGUUCAAAGGAUGGCACGAAGGCAAAAUAUUCUUCGCACCAACUUAUAAGUACUCUUAUAACUCAGAUGCUUACGCCGGAGAUACAACCAAAGAGAAGAAGAACAAGAGGAGAACUCCGGCCUGGUGCGAUAGGAUUCUUUGGCACGGGGAUGGAAUCAGGCAGCUCUCGUACGUGCGCGGCGAAUCUCGAUUCUCCGAUCACCGGCCGGUCUGCGCCGUGUUUGUCGUCAACGUUGAGGUUUGCGAGGGUAAAACCGGAACUAGGAGACAAUAA